AUGGAUAAUAGCAAGUCAGCUGCAAUGAAAGGCGUCUGGAGGAACGAUCUUUGGUCAACUGAGAUUCUAAUAACAAUAUUCAUGAGCGUCAACAUUGUGGACCUUGCAGUUGCCUCACUGGUCUGCAAAAUGUGGAACACAGCUUGUCGUGACCCAUCUCUUUGGGGAAAAAUUGAUUUAUCCACACUCAACAACUCAUACUUUUUCAACAUACCAAAUAAUCAACCAGGAGCUUACAAGCGUACAAGUGGAAAAAUUACUCAAUUCUUAAAGACCCCAAAUCUGAAACAACUAGUUCUACCAAGGAAAGGUGACUUUUCAAGAAAAGCAGUGCAUAUGGCAAUGAAGUCAUGGGGAGGCCUUGAGUCCAUUAACAUUAGCUCUGGUGUCCCCACUGAUUACAUAUUUCCUGCAAUUCACGAAUACUGUAAGAGCGUCAAUGGGAUCAAAUUCCAUUGUGAAUUUGAAGAAAAGCACGCAGAAGCCUUGAUUGAAUCUACCCCUAACUUGAAGGUGUUCAGCAUUCGGUCCACGGUAGUGAGCAUGAAGGCUUUGAGGAGUGUGCUCACUUCCGUGGAACAUUUGGAGGCAGUGAAUAUCUAUCACAGCUUCAUUAUGGAUAUGUCGCAUGAUGAAUUCAGUAUUUUUGCAAUUCAAGAUCUACGUAAGUAUCUGCCCCCAUCAAAAGGUUAUCUAUUGUGA